AACAAGAAAAUGGCGAAAAAGCUGUCAAACGAUUGUUUGUUUGUAAAAUGAAUUCUGUAAAUUGUAAACCCAGGCUUUAAUUUAUACAAUGAAGUCAAUUCAUAUCUACUGAGAUGUGCGAUUUUAAGUGAAUGUUUUGUAUGAAAAGUUCAAUAAAAUGCGGUGCAGCGUUCAAAAUUGCUCCAAUGACACGAGGCGGAAGACAAAAACUAAUGGACUCACGUUCCAUGUGUUCCCUCGCGAGCCACAGCUGCGUCAUGCCUGGAUCGAAGCCCUCGGCAUGUCAGAGUGGGAGCCGAAAGACAGAAGCACUGUGUGCUCCGAACACUUUCGAAACAGCGACUUCUAUGAGACCAAAUGUGGGCUCCGGAGGAUAAAGAACGGAGCUGUGCCAGUCCUGGGCCUUGGAUCCGAUGAUUUGGAUGCUCCUGCAUCGUUACGAGUGUGCAGAAUUUGUUUAUCCAUGGGUGUGAAAAUGUAUGACAUGUUUGAUUACCAACUGGGCGAGAUCUACCAACAACUGACUGACACUGAAUGGAGCGACAAAGACGAGCUGCCGCAGAAGCUAUGCUGGGAGUGUGCGGCCAGACUGGCAUCGUGUGCCAAGAUGAGAAGCAGGGCUCUCAGGAGUCAUAAGCUGAUGAUGGACGUGUUAAAUUCCACAUCCCCUAUCACAGUGAAAGACGUGAAGUCAAUAAGCCGGUCAACCUACGAACUGCAGUCUAGUCUCAUACAAAAAGUGUAUGAGCCUAACGAGUGCGACAUGUAUUGGCAAGAGACAUGCGAGCCGAGUUUGCCUGUAUUCUUGGCUGAAGAGAAGGAAGAAAAUAUUAAGGCGGAGUCCCCGGUCGGAUGCGCCGCAAGCCCGCUGCCCGAGCUGCCUCCAAGCGUUCAAGUUAAAGACGAAAGCACAGAAAUAUACUUCGACGAGUUUAACGACAAUACUGACCAGUUUCAAGAUCAUUUCAACGAAUCGGACGACAACGUGAAACUUAGUGAAGUAGCCGAAAAGCCUAAAGUAAAGAAGAAAAAAGUCAAAAUAGAAAAAGAAAAGAAACCAAAAGAACGGAAGAAAAAAGACGACGAGGAAAACCCGGUGGAAACUAUGGACAAAUACAAAACAUCAGAUGUAAAAAGGAGAAAGACAGUCGAAGGACCGGACGAAUCUCUAUUCAACAUCAGCACUCUUACCUAUGAAGAACAGAUAGCUGAAAUACAAAAAAGACAGGAGAGCACAGCAUACAAGACGGCGCCGUACAAAUGCGUCAUCUGCUUCAGAGGGUUCCUAGUUGCCGAGAGGUAUAACGCGCACGCAGUCAGACAUAGCGAGCAAUGCGGCGCGUACGAGUGCUUCAUAUGCAAGACUCGCCUGAAGACCAGUCGCGCUCUAAGGAAGCAUCUCACAGCGCAGCACACGGAGAAAUUCAGUUGUAAAGGGUGCCCCUUCGUCACUAGAAACAGAGGUGUAGCGAGGGAGCAUGAGAAAUGGCACGCGGGCGCGCGCUACCAAUGUCCUCACUGCCCCAGCGAGUUCGACAAACUAACAACCUACAUGGGCCACAUACGAAUCAAGCACGUAUCGGAUUUCGUGUGCGAGUUGUGCGGAUUCACGUUCGUCAGUAAAAAGGGCAUUGAAGUACAUAAAAAGAAGAAACACAGGCUCUCGGAUAAAACGGUACCGCUAGAAGGUCCGUAUUGCUGCGUGUGCGAUGUCACAUUUGUAUCGGAGGAAGCGCACGCGCGUCAUCUCAAACUGUCUUCUAAACACAGCAGCGACAAUGAUCCAAACCGCAUAAGAAACGACUCGCAAAGCAUCAACACUGAACGCAACGGUCGCGUCAUGAGAAAAAUAGAGCGGCGGCCCGUCAUACACGCGCCCUCGCCUGCCCGGCCCGCCGGCGCCGGGCCCGUCACCUGCGAACAGUGCGGGGUCCAGCUUCGCGAUUUGCGUCUCUACGCGCAGCACUUCCGACGCGCGCACCCCGACAAGAAUCGAACCAAGUACCCCGCCAUGAAGACGCCGUGCAUGUGCGAGCAGUGCGGCAGGAUAUUCCAGAGCAUGGCGCUCCUAAAGGACCAUAUGUGGGUGCACACAGGCGAGAAACGAUUCAAAUGCGACCGAUGCGAGAAGAGUUUCACUCAGAAAACUAAUUUGGUCUUCCAUAUGAGGGUGCACGGCGCUUCGAGACCUACUUACGAAUGUCCAUUGUGUGGGAAACACUUUGCUUUCUAUAAUAACAGAAGAAGGCAUAUGUUUCUUCGUCUUUCAGAUGAAUAG